GGUGUGUGUGUUUCAAGAGAAAAAAAGUGAAAAAGUACCGCUGAAAAUCAUGUGAAAAGGUUAGAACAGAUGUGCAAAAACGCCGAACAGUGAGAAGAUCAGAUUUUCAUUCUUCGUACGAACGCGAUUACAUCAGUUACUACAACAACGACCACUUUGACGAGAAACAGCACAAAAUCGCAGACAAUAUCGAACGGCGCCGAGUAGGUAACGGGGAAGAAAACAUGAAUAUCUCGUCAAGAUCGACUAAAAAUAAAAAUAACCCGAAACGACGAGUGAGCGACAGACGAUGAUGUAAAAAAAUCGAAUUCAAGCGAACAAUUUUCCCAGCCAGAGUAGUGCACCGUACUUCGUAAAAGUUUACUUCCCAUGUGUGACCCAUUUCGAUUCACCUCAGCCGGAGAAAUUCCUGGAUAUCAGUCAAACGCACGUUUCCGUAGUUUAUUUACUCGAGUAACAGCUGCGCUGCUUAUCGGCUAAUCGGCCGGUAUAAAUCAAUUCGGAAUAGCCCUCAUUACAUUUUUUUCGUCGUAAUCUAUCCAAUCGGCUUGGUCAAUCUAUCGCGAAAGAAGGAGCCGGUGAUCUAACGAUGGACACAUUCGUCAUGUUACUAUUCGCGUUGAUCGUCGUAGUGAUUGCGCUAGUUUUCCUCUCGAAGCUCCUGUACGAUAAGUAUGUGAAGAAGGGUUCCGUCUCAGCCGAUGGGGCACCAGCUACAACAACGCCGGCAGCGAGCGCCACAGCCGCGGUGCUGGUGGCCUCCGUCGGUGGGCCCCUGCUGCCCGGUGGGCUCGCCGCCUCGCGGGAAGGUUCUCGCCUGUCCGAACCGAAGGAGCUGCUUGCAUCGAAAAAGGAAGCUCUCCUUGCCCAGGCAAGGAAUGGCACCCUGGGUGGUGGCGCCCGAGUUGGUGGCGGCUUUGGCGGCGGCGGCGGCCCGAAAGGCGGAUUCGGAGGUGGUGGCGGCGGCGGCGGCUCUGCUAUCGUCCGGAAGCGUAUCUCCCGCAAGAGUCCUGGUCCCGAGCUGACACAGAAGAAGCGCACCGUAUUGCCCCCGUCCAACAUCAACGGAUCGGAUAUGCAAUCAGUUCAAUGGGCCAUCCAUUUGUUCCGGUGGCUCUACUCUGAUCUGGUCGUUGUGAACAAGCUGCUACAGGACUGGGUUGGAACCGUCAAUACCUCUCUUUUGUCCUAUGUUGAACAGCACGAAAUGAUCGUAGAAGUGGUUCGAGUCCUGCCGGAGAGUCUUCCGCCGAACAUGUCCAGCAUUCUUUGCGAACCAGCCGAGCAGCCUAAUGAAGUGGAGCUUCUAUUCGACCUCGAGACCACCCCAGUCCUGCAGAUCAAAGCCUUCAGAUCGACCAAUCAGAAGACGGAAGUGUCGCACUACAAGGCGACCGUGUCCCGAUUGAAGACCCGCAUGAGUAUUAUCAUUAACUACUUUGCACUCAAGGGUGAAAUGAAGGUGGAGGGAUUCCCCGAUAUCAAAAUCCACCUGAACAGUAUCGGUCCGUUGAAGACGGCCAACGCACAAGACGAAAAAAAGCAAAGCGAUCUUAUCAUUGAACUGCUCACGUCAUCCAUUCGGGACGUUGUAUAUCCGAUCGAUUUCUCCAUUUACUCGACCUGUCCGCGACUGAUGGGCGAGGAACCGGAAGAAAUGCUUCCACUCGAUUACUCAGGUUAUGGGCAAUACGACACUUACCGUUCGUAUCAAGAAGAUGGAUUUAGCACUAGUUUAUCAACAUCACCAAAGAAACUUCUAGUCAAGGUUGUCAAAGCCGAAGGUCUUCUGCAGUGCUCUCAACCAUAUUGUGUCGUUGAAAUGGAUGAGCCAGCUCAAAAGCACCAGUCAGCCGGGAAAAUGGGACCAAGCCCCUUCUGGGACGAAACCUUCCUUUUUGAUUUGUCGAACCAUUCUACUGAACUUCUGUUCGAAGUGUAUGACUCUGUAGCAGUAGCCGCCGGCGGUUUCCAGAAAUUCCUGGGCCUGGGAUUAGUCGGUAUCGAUGAGCUCGCAAACGGACCGGCAUCGACGCAAAUUCUGGAACUGCAGCCCCGGCCAUAUGAGACGGAAAGGAUCACUGGUACCCUGACGGUUGAGUUUGUGUUCAUCGACGCUCCUCCAGCACCGGCUCCUCGACGGCAGUACAUGCAGCAAUCCUACGCUAGGGAUGGAAUCGAUAAAUUAGCCACCAGUACCCCAAUCCAAGCUGCUGCCACCCUGCCCGGAGCUGGAGGGAAAUUCGCCGUCUCGUCGGCACCCAGUUCUCCGGCCAAAGCCGGUACCGGCCUCACCACCAGCCCCAGUUUCAGCGAGCGGAACAAACGCUUCCUAGCGGCCGACAGCAAUCGAUUGAACAACUCCUUCCUAAAGCCCCCCGCAGCAACCGGCUACGGCUUGAAUGGCACUAAGCAGUCCGAAUCGUCCCCGGUUUCGCCGACGCUGUCAUCCGCUUCGCAAUCCCUCAGCGCCACCACCCUGAGCGGGCUCGACGUCAGCAAAGUGUCGGACAAGAAGCCACCCCGAAACAUCUUCGGUACCCUGCGGAAUAAACUGUCGCUCUCGAAGAAGUCCAAAUCGCUGGACAACUCCCAGUACAGCCCGACGCAUGUCGGCCAAAUCCACAGUGCCUCGUCGACGCUCAGCCGUGGUUCCACGAUGGAUCAGCGAUCCAUCUUCAAGAGCCUCUCGCGGAAGUCCUCCAUCUCGGAGUCGUCCGCCGUGUCCGGAAUCUCGAAUGCCAGCGGGCGAACGUUCGUCCACGAAGAGUCCACGUUGCUGCUAGAAACGUUGGAGAACAAUAUCCUGCGACACUACCUGGUGCCAAUCGAGGUCGCCUUGCGGCAGAAGGCGUGGAAGCGCAAGGGCGUCAAACUACACAUCUACAAUGACCACACGUUCAUCGCGAAGCACAUCAAGGGUGGAAUCCUCUGCCACGUUUGUAAUCGCAGCAUCCUGCGCCGUCCCGGCAAACAGGGCUACGAGUGCCGUGAUUGUCUCAUUCAGUGCCACAAGCCAUGCCACGUGCGAGCUCCUCAAGCGUGUCCCAAUCCGAAAAUCCUCUCAGUGCAGCUAGCAACUUUACCCGUGCUUAUCGAUUAGAUAUCCCACUUGAUAGUGUCAGAAAGAGACAGAAAAAAAACCUGCGUUUAAAAUCGAACAAAAACCAAAACAUAUUUACUUUAGACGAAGAAAUCCUUAAGUCCUCAAGUUAAAAUGGCCCGCCCAAGGUGUUUGAAACGGACAGUUCAUUCUGAAUUCGAGCAUUUAAGAAUGGCGCACAAGGCAAUCGAAUCAUCACUAGAGUUUUUUUUUGUUAAUUUUACUACUCGACGUUUAAGAAUAAUAGUUGCGUAAUAGUUUCAUGAAACUCGCCUAAUGUUAUACAAUCACAGCUUGGUACUAUUUACCGAAACAAAGCUUGAGUCAGUCACUAGAAAUCUCGCGAAUAAAAGCCUAAACGGAAAUAUCCAGAAACAAAAUGAUGGAUAAUCUUCCAUACAUGACAAUGCACUAUGAAUAACGUGGAAUCAAUAUAUUUAAUGAGAACACAAGCCUUAAAACGUUGUAGGGAAUUAAAUCACAAAAAACACGCUCUAUUUAUUGUCAACGCGUUGAUAGUGGUUUAGGUUGAAAUUUUUAACAGAAAAUUCUCUAAAACGAGUUGAAAGGUUGUGACAAACGUUAAGGCGAACCAAAAAUUUAAAACCAAUCAAAGCAAACCAGGUGAUUAUGGAAAUUUUGUAUCCAUACGCUUACUAUCCAAUCUGAACAACUUUACUAAAAGUUACCUUCUAGAUCUACACCUAGGAUAUCUACACUACAAACUCUUUAAGUUGUUGAAAAAGUCAUAAUUGUUAAGGUGCAAGCGGAAAGUUCCCACAGUAUGUUACUAAAAAAACAGGAGUUAAAUCAAGGGAGGGAAGGAAACUUCCAAUUACCGAACACGAUGGUAGCAUAAGUGAGACAAAUGAUUUCAGAACAAAGUGCAAUUGGUAAAGUGAUCUAACAGAAA